AUGCGUCUUUCACGUUACGCCCUAGGCGUUUUGUCCGCCCUUGUUGUUUCCGCUAUUGCCGACGACGCUGUCCUGUCUGCGCCCUCACUAUCCAGGCGAGAUGAACUGAACGAAACGGAGUUGACUCUGCAUCAUCAACCAAUUCCCGAAUCCUAUUACACCAUAGAUUUUGAUGAUUCAGAGCACGCCUCGGAAAGACAUCCCGGACUCAUGUUUCUUCAUGCGACGGCAAUGGCCCUUGCAUGGUUUGUUAUGUUACCGGCUGGUAUUGCAAUGCGUUCGGUGAAUCAUGCCUGGCACAAGAUGGUCGUGAUUGCUUUCUACGGACUGAUAGUAGUGGGAUUAGCAUUCUCAACGGCGUAUAGAAAACUCACGCCCAAUAUGUACGAAGGACAAGUACACGGGAAACAAGGUUACACUUGGAUUUUAUUUGCCCUAAUUUUGACCACCAUCGACUUUCUCAAUAUCUUUCGACGGGUGUAUCUGUUUUUCAGAAACGGUCAAAAAUUUGACUUCCGAAGUUUCUGGUCAUCGGUCGUACUAGACAAAGGAAUCUCUUCGUCGUUCGGAGGAGCAGAAUACGCUGGGCUCGUUAGCGAGGAGCCCGAAGAAAUGGACGUGACAAUGGAGAUGGUCUCCCCUACUUCGCCUCCGCCACACAAACAUGUUCAUUACGAUGAUAAUGCUUUAGCGGAUGACGGACCUACUGCUCAGUGGGCUAACGAUGUUAGGCGUCAUCACCGCGAUUAUUCACAGUCAGCUGCAUCCGAAACUACGCUGUUCGGUCGCUCUCACUUCGAAGAAGAAUCAAGCAGUAAUCGACGUCCCGCGAAGAAAGUUCCAUUGUCAAGGCGAAUCGGCACCGGCUUUUUUGCUACUUUAGAACGUGUGCUGGUCUUUGGUGGCUUGAUGCAGGUUUUGAGUGGCAUUGUGGUCUACACAGGUGGUUGCAGAGAAAACUAUCUUAACGGCUGUCUGGCACAUAUCAUCAAAGGUGCAAUAUUCUGGUGCUAUGGGCUCGUAUCAUUUGCUCGUUAUCUUGGCGCCUUCGCGGAGCUGGGCUGGGCUUGGAACCGGGCACCUGCCGCUGGUUAUCCUAGCGCAGAGUUUGUCGAAUCGUUGGUCAUUUUCAUCUAUGGGAUCACGAAUACCUGGAUGGAGCGAUGGGGUGCACGUCCAGGUGACCCAUUUACCACCAAGCAAAUCCAGCAUAUCGGCAUUGCAGUAAUGUUCUGGUUCGCUGGUUUACUCGGAAUGGCAAUCGAAUCCAAGACCGUCCGUCAAUGGCUUGCCUCAUCUACUAUUUCUGCCUUGAACCCUUCUCAACGGGACCAGGAAGCUGUGGCCGAACCUCCUACAUACAUUGCAAGCUUCAAUCCAUUCCCGGCUUUAGUUGUUGGUGUAACAGGAGCUGCAAUGGCGGCUCAUGCUCAGACUUAUCUGUUCCAAGUACAGAUUCACCAACUCUGGGGAAACCUUUUACUUGCUUGGUCGGUUUUACGAUGCUUAACUUAUUUCUUCCUUUGGUUGGGCGUGCCCCGGAGUAUGUUACCUUCCCGACCACCGACUGAAGCACUCGGAAGUUUUUUCCUUGCUUGUGGGGGUUUGGCAUUCAUAUUUUCAACGGAGGAACUUACUAUUGCUGCCAUGAGAAGAGGGCGGGAUGAUGUUAUGAUGUUUUUGAAUGUUGCCGUAGCCAUCACCUGUUUUGCUCUCUGUUGGACGAUUGCGGUCGUUGGGUUCAAGGGUUACCUCAAAUCCCGCAUUGCUCCCCCCGUUGCAUACCACAGCUCGGCGUAAAAUUCGUAAAAUUGCGUUAAUCCACACAUCAAUACGCAAUAAUACACUCAACUCAUCAAUGUUUCAUGUUCACUCUACGGUGUUUGAAAUCAAAUGUUCAUUUACAUCGAUUCUCGUGCACUGUUCUGGCUUUUGGUUUUGGUACAGACACUAUUGCUUGUUUCAGUAGAUUCUCCUCUGCCCCGCGUUCAUCCACUGUAUCAAACACACUUUUCCAACUCUCUUGAUGACCAUUCAAUGUUACUUGCAUCCAUUUGUUUUUGUUGUACUUCGAUGCAUGUGUAUUUACUUCUGAUUAGGCCCGCUUUGAUUGCUUGAAAUUGAUGAAGUCCUAAUUCGUCAUACUAAAGCAACCCAAAUGCGUAAUCCCCCAGUGCCCCUGCCCAUACCCAAAAACCUGACCAUCCACAUCCCACAAACCCUCUCCAACAACUUUCCCGCACAUCAAAGUCGGUUCGGAUUAGCACACGAGCUAGUUGGGCGGCGGCUAGGC